UACUGUCACAGUGUCUGGGUUGUUGUUCCCCGGGGUUCCACUAGAUGUCCUCCUUCUCACGGUGUCUGUCCCAGAUCACUUCCUGUUCCCUUAUAUGGUCACCUUCCUCCUUGUUACGUGAUUGAUUGUUCACCCCACCUGUCUCCUGUUUCCCAAUUAUCCUUCUGUGUAUAAAUACCCAGUCUGUCUUAGUCUAUGUUACGGAGUCCUUGUCUGAUGUCAUUGUGUUUCAGGUCCAUCAGUCUUGCUUUGUCUUACCCUAUGUGUCUCAUUCUCUCGUUCCACCAGACUUCCUCUACCUUGCCGUUCUUCCGAGUUCCCCGUUUCAUCCGGUUCCCUUUUUGUUUGAUUUGUCUCUCAUGACUGUUUAUUUUGUAUUUACCCCUCUGUUUAAAUAAAACCCUUACCUGCAUUUGGAUCUACCCUCUCUUUGUGUUUUUCCCCAAUACCUAUCGUGACAGAAGGACUCCGUCAUGCCUAGAUCCAGCGGUGUGGGAUUUCGAAUCGGUUCCCCAGCCACCAUGGAGGAACGGAGGGGGAGAUACCAGAACUUAAUCACCCUUCAUCAAGAGGGAAGUGAGGUGGGUGGCCUGGCGCAAUUGUUUUGGACUAUGGCAGUCGGGCUAGGUUACAAUGAUGCAGCACUAAAGGAUUUAUUUAAUAAUUGCCUGGAUGAUCCUUUACCUUCAUGGGAGAUGAAGGGGUUAGAGAUACUGGACUUUUGGGGGUUUACCAAUUACCUGCACCAUCGUGCCCAGUGGAAUGCAACAACCACACCAGAGUGUCCAGACAAGGCUGCCAGCUCAGCCCCACAGCACAAGAUGGGCGCCAGCCCAACCCCACAGCACAGGAUGGCCGCCAACCCAGCCCCACAACCCAAGAUGGCCACCAGCCCAGCCCCACAGCCCAAGAUGGCCGCCAACCUAGCGUCACAGCCCAAGAUGGCCGCCAGCCCAGCACCACAGCACAAGAUGGCCGACUCAACGCCACCGACUCCCCAUCGUAGAGGGCGGAGGAGGAGAAAGGCAGCUGCUAUUCCCGAGGCGGAGCCCGAGGCAGUUCCCGAGGCGGAGCCCGAUGCAGUUCCCGAGGCGGUGCCCGAUGCAGUUCCCGAGGCGGUGCCCGAUGCUGUUUCCGAGGCGGUGCCCGAUGCAGUUCCCGAGGCGGUGCCCGAUGCUGUUUCCGAGGCGGUGCCCGAUGCAGUUCCCGAGGCGAAGCCCGAUGCAGUUCCCGAUGCAGUUCCCGAGGCGGUGCCCGAUGCUGUUUCCGAGGCGGUGCCCUAUGCAGUUCCCGAGGCGGAGCCCGAUGCAGUUCCCGAGGCGGUGCUCGAUGCAGUUCCCGAGGCGGUGCUCGAUGCAGUUCCCGAGGCGGUGCUCGAUGCAGUUUCCGAGGCGGUGCCCGAUGCAGUUCCCGAGGCGGUGCUCGAUGCAGUUCCCGAGGCGGUGCCCGAUGCAGUUUCCGAGGCGGUGCCCGAUGCUGUUCCCGAGGCGGAGCCCGAUGCUGUUCCCGAGGCGGAGCCCGAUGCUGUUCCCGAGGCGGAGCCCGAUGCAGUUCCCGAGGCGGUGCCCGAUGCUGUUCCCGAGGCCGAGGUCGUUCCCGAGGCGGUGCCCGAUGCAGUUCCCGAGGCGGAGCCCGAUGCAGUUCCCGAGGCGGAGCCCGAUGCAGUUCCCGAGGCGGUGCCCGAUGCUGUUUCCGAGGCGGUGCCCGAUGCAGUUCCCGAGGCGGAGCCCGAUGCAGUUCCCGAGGCGGAGCCCGAUGCAGUUCCCGAGGCGGUGCCCGAUGCAGUUCCCGAGGCGGUGCCCGAUGCAGUUCCCGAGGCGGUGCCCGAUGCUGUUUCCGAGGCGGUGCCCGAUGCAGUUCCCGAGGCGGUGCCCGAUGCAGUUCCCGAGGCGGUGCCCGAUGCAGUUCCCGAGGCGGUGCCCGAUGCUGCUUCCGAGGCGGAGCCCGAUGCAGUUCCCGAGGCGGUGCUCGAUGCAGUUCCCGAGGCGGUGCUCGAUGCAGUUCCCGAGGCGGUGCCCGAUGCAGUUCCCGAGGCGGAGCCCGAUGCUGUUCCCGAGGCGGAGCCCGAUGCUGUUCCCGAGGCGGAGCCCGAUGCAGUUCCCGAGGCGGUGCCCGAUGCUGUUCCCGAGGCCGAGGUCGUUCCCGAGGCGGUGCCCGAUGCAGUUCCCGAGGCGGAGCCCGAUGCAGUUCCCGAGGCGGAGCCCGAUGCUGUUCCCGAGGCGGAGCCCGAUGCUGUUCCCGAGGCGGUGCCCGAUGCUGUUCCCGAGGCGGUGCCCGAUGUUGUUCCCGAGGCGGUGUCCGUUACAGUUCCCGAGGCGGUGACCACAAGGCCGUGGUGGUCUUCGGCUCCGCCCUGGGAGGCUCUGGCGGUGACCACGAGGACGUGGUGGUCAUCCGCUCCGCCCUGGGGGACUCUGGCGGUGACCACGAGGACGUGGUGGUCGUCCGCUCCACCCUGGGGGACUCUGGCGGUGACCACGAGGACGUGGUGGUCAUCCGCUCCGCCCUGGGGGACUCUGGCGGUGACCACGAGGACGUGGUGGUCGUCCGCUCCACCCUGGUGGACUCUGGUGAUGACCAUGAGGACGUGGUGGUCUUCUGCUCCGCCCUGGUGGACUCCGGCCUCGACCACAGAGACGUGGUGGUCUUCCGCUCCGCCCUGGAGGGCUUUGACUUUGACCACAAGGCCAUGGUGGUCUUCCGCUCCGCCCUGGAGGGCUCUGGCCUUGACCACACGACUGUGGUGGUCAUCUGCUCCGUCCUAGUGGACGCCUCAACAUGUCCUUCAUGGACUUAUGUUUUGUGUUUUUUUUUGAGUUCUGUUUCUGUCUGUUCUUUUUAGUUUAGUCUGGCCCUCCGUCCCUCCCCCUGUACCUCCUCCGGUCCUCCUCCCUCCUGGUCUCCCGGUUUUAUGUAUCAUUUCUGGUGUUUGUUCCCCUUGUGUUCCUUUUCUGGCCCUCCGUCCCUCCCCCUGAGCCUCCACCUGUCCGCCUCCCUCCUGGUCUCUGUGUCAUGUUUUGUCUUUAAGCGUCUGGUAGCCGCUCCGUAGAGGGGGGGUACUGUCACAGUGUCUGGGUUGUUGUUCCCCGGGGUUCCACUAGAUGUCCUCCUUCUCACGGUGUCUGUCCCAGAUCACUUCCUGUUCCCUUAUAUGGUCACCUUCCUCCUUGUUACGUGAUUGAUUGUUCACCCCACCUGUCUCCUGUUUCCCAAU